AUGUUCGCACCUCCCCCUAUCGUUGUCGUACCCCCGUCAACAUUGUACCCAACUGCCUGCCUUUACGUUCUCGCAGCAGGAAUCACGGUUUCGGUGCGUGUUCAAGCUUCCCGAGGCUGUGUUUAUGAAGUGAAAGAAGUAUCAAAGGUGUAUGACUAUUUUCUAACGUUGAAGCAAGAGAUUUCCUAUGUAUGGUCAUGUCCACGAUCAAUAGGGCUCGCUCUGUUCUACAUCAGUCGCUACCUCAUUUUUAUUGACCAACCGCUUAUGCUCUAUGUUGAACUUCCUGCUGCUCUUGCUCAGAGUCCUCAUGUUCGUGCCUCAUUCAUCUUGAUUCGAGUUUGUGACCGAUCGAUGAUACUUCUUCAAACGCGUAGACAUGUUCAGCACUCUCGUCACUUGCGAUUGGUUCGUCCUCUGCGGUUCUUGCUGUUACCCGCAAUUGGAGUUCAUAGGUUCUCAGUCAGCAUGAUGGUUGGAUUCAUGUCAUCCCAAGGUGUGCCCAUUUUGGCCUCCGAUGUCAGCUUGAUGCAAUCCUUUUCAGCGAUCAUUACUCUCCGAACAUGCGCGAUGUGGGGUCGGAGAUUAUGGGUAUUGGUUAUCCUGGGGACACUGACGACGAUUACCUUUGGAUUGGCUCUUUAUACAAUGGUCUCUACAGCCAGGUCUAUAAUCUCUAUGAAUCGCACGAUAACAAUGCCUGGGUGCAAAUUCCCUCCAACGGGGAAAUUUUACGUCGCAUGGUUCUGCCUCACCACACUGACGGAAUUCACCAUUGUGUCUUUGACUGUUACGAAGGCAUACCAACACCUUCGACAAUCCACAUCCGACUGGCUGAAUCAAUUAUACAGAAAUGGGAUAUUCUAUAGUGUUUGCGCCCUUCCAUCGUCAAUCUCCUUAUGUUUGCCCUCGCCCUCGUGUGUCCUCCUUUCAUCGCUACUACUCAUCGCUGAACCCUUCUCCGCUUGCACCUUCCUAGCCGCCACAAUACGAGAGCAUGAUGGUGUUGUACGUACCUGUUACCUCCUCUCAACAAAGGAUCAAUUUCCAACCACCUUAAACAGCCCGACGCGGGUCGCACAUUCUAUUAUCGGAAACCGAGUGAUGCUUCUGCUCGUCGAACACCGACACCAAACGCUACAGCAAAAUCUGGAAUCCUCCCCAUCAAUACCGGAGUUCGGAUUGCCUACGAAUCUGGACGUAUUUCUCACAACUUUCGACGCAGAUGAAGAUUUGUCCAACGACCCAAAUAGCAGAGCGGGUACCUUGGAAGUAGAAUGGAUAAUCUGA